AUGCCGAGCCUCAAGUCAGUCAAGCUCAGUAUGGAUGAUGAUGAGAAGCGGUUUCCGGACAUCCGCAUGCGCCAUCGGGAUGAAGCCGCGCAAGCCAUCAGGGCGCUGUCAUUGCCAGCAUUGACCAGUGUCGACUUGGACUUCUUUCUUCGAAGACAAAGGAAUGAAAGAGCUCAGCCACCUGUCCUGCACAAUACAGGAGUACCAGAUCCGCUAAGCUCUUCAAUUUUCGAGUUGUCGCUGAAUCUCGUGGAUCUCACGGUUGAGGGUGUCUUCGACGGGUCACUUCUUCGUCCCAUUGAGCGCCUGAGCACAACCUCUUGGCCGAACAUGAAGUUCCUCGAAAUCAACCUGUGCAUCACAACCCCAUCAGGGGGUUGGUACUUCACCAAGCACGAUGAGGUACCCUUUCAACCAUUGUAUAUGCCCCAGUCACAAAUCAAAACCACCCACUCUGACCUCCACUUGGAAAAGUUUAACUUCCUCAAGGAGGCAGGCUACGCAUACUUGGACCCUGUUCACGUCUUCAGAAGCAAAGCCGACGAUGCCGAACUGACGCCGUUCAUCGAGGCCUACGCGGAAGCGCUCUCAAUGAUGCCCAAGCUCAAAUCGGCUGCGCUUACCGUCCAGCUCGAAGACCACAUCGAAGGUGAGCCCGGCUGGUUCUGCAUAGCGUACUUCUCACCCUGCAAGAGCGCCCACGAUCAUCCCCCAAGGUUAAUUUGUCCGAGGUGCAACCGUGGCGUAACGCGACAGCUGGUGACAUCGUUGCUGGGCUGGGAGCCGAACGAGAAGCUGGCGGACAAGCUGCGAAGAACUGGGGCCAAAUUUUGUACGGAGCCAAUGGUGGAAAAGACCAUGGACGAGUUCAGGAGUUACCAUGGUGUAGAGGAUGACCCGAACUGA